ACUCUAGUAGUCGCAUGGAUUCUUGGACUCCAGCUUAAUGAGCGAAGCCUAGAGCUUCUCGUCUUCUUGCUCUCUCAUGUCACGACCUCAUCAGCCCAUUUUUGACGAGCUAUAACAUUCUCUUCGGCGGCCUCGCUGACGAGUCGAAUACGCUUUUAGCUCGAUUGGUACCUCCCCAUGAUUUUUUCCCCCCAUUUUAAACCUGGGCUGCAAAUUGCCUGUUGUGGGGGUUGUCUUCACCACCUCUUCAUGCCCAGCUGAGAUUAUUUGCUUGGCAUGUGUUCUCAUGGAAGGCUCCUCAUCAUGAAGAGAGUUACUAGAGGGGUUGACAUAUGUGGACUUUUGCACCCAUUGCGGUUGAUUUAUCAGAAUGAUUCCCUUUGAUAUGGGCUCCUUGAGAUAGUUUGCUCUGGAGCUAGUAGCAGCAAGGCAAAUCCAAAUUGUUGCUUGCAAACGAAUAAUGGCUUCUGUUUUGGUCUCUCGUUUUUCACGUAGAUCUAUUAAAUCUUAUCUCCCUUCUUCUGGCCCUUCAGUGUCUCUGUGCCGCUCUAUAUUUGAUCCUUCAGUCCCCACUCAAUCAUCUGUUUAUCUAAUCCCUUCUCUGAAUCCUUGCCUUUCAAAUCUUCCAUUCAGGCAAUCCCUCCCUCAGAUUUUUAAUUUUGAAUUCUGUAAAAGGAUUAGAUUUCACCCAGAUUUCCAUUCUGUUGCACACAUUUCUACGUCUUCUGGUGUUGGAGGGGAUUCUAAGGAACGCAAGAGUUUAAGUGGUAAUGAAAGUGACGUGAGAUUUCCAGCAGCCAACCUCUCUUGGAUUGAUUUAUACCUUCCGAGGUGGGUUCAGCCCUAUGCUCGACUUGCUCGGCUUGACAAGCCAAUUGGAACAUGGUUGCUUUUAUGGCCUUGUAUGUGGUCAAUUACCUUGGCAGCAACUCCAGGGCAUCUUCCUGAUUUUAAAAUGUUGGCACUGUUUGGAUGUGGUGCAUUGCUUUUAAGGGGUUCUGGUUGUACUAUUAAUGAUCUUCUUGAUCGGGAUAUUGAUACAAAGGUAGAGCGUACAAAGGUCAGACCAGUUGCAAGUGGUCUUUUGACACCAUUUCAAGGACUCUGUUUUCUUGGUUUUCAAUUGCUUUUGGGUCUUGGGAUUCUUCUACAACUAAAUAAUUAUAGUCGUGUCUUGGGAGCUUCAUCUUUGUUGCUUGUCUUCUCCUAUCCCCUCAUGAAGAGGUUUACAUUUUGGCCUCAAGCCUUUCUUGGGUUGACCUUUAACUGGGGGGCUCUAUUGGGAUGGGCUGCAGUUAUGGGAAGCCUGAAUCCAGCUAUUGUGCUUCCACUUUAUGCCUCCGGAGUUUUCUGGACUCUUGUGUAUGAUACAAUAUAUGCUCAUCAGGAUAAAGAAGAUGAUGUGAAAGUGGGAGUUAAAUCAACAGCUUUGCUCUUUGGUGAGUCAACAAAGGAGUGGGUUUCUGGGUUUGGCAUCGCAUGCAUUGGUAGUCUUGCCUUGAGUGGAUUUAAUGCUGAGAUUGGCUGGCCUUAUUAUCCAUUUCUGGGAGCUGCAUCCGGACACCUAGCCUGGCAAAUUUGGACAGUUGACCUUUCAUCACGUUCUGAUUGCAACAAUAAAUUUGUCUCAAAUAAGUGGUUUGGAGCCAUUAUAUUUGGUGGAAUCCUUGCUGGCAAGCUUGCAUCAUAGCGGGUUAUUAAGUUCUCAGACUCAAUUCAUCACGACCAAGCUUCAUUUAAUGGAGAUGAAGAAAAAGGGUUGGAAUUUCACUCUGAUGGAAAACAGGAUUUCUUAUUGUUUGCCCAGUUCAAUAAUGCCUUGGCAUUUGAUAGCGUUGACGAGCUAGACAGUCCACAUGACGUGACUUCAAUUUUUGUCCAUGGCAUCAUGAGUGGGGGAAAAAAAGAUUCUUUUUUCAUACAAAAGGGGGGGGGAUAUUUGUAAUGUCUGUUGUGUCACAGCUAUAAUCAUCUAAACUGUGACCAUCUAUCUUUGUAUUAUUCCUUUCGAGUGUCAGUUUUCAUCCCUUACACUGGGCUUCUACCAAACGGCAGAGAAAGAUUGUUCACUUUAUAGAAAAACAAUGUGUGUGUGUGUGUGUGUGUGUGUGUGUGAGAGAGAGAGAGAGAGAGAGAGAGAAACAGUGUGUGUGUGUGUGAGAGAGAGAGAGAGAGAGAGAGAGAGAAACAGUAUUGAUGUAUCUUUUGAAAAUUAAUGAGAAGUCUAGUAUUCUCAGUAUCUCGAGAAAGAUUAUUUUUCUGUGGAGAGUAUUUUUUAUGUUAAAAAGGACAAAAGGUGUGUUCUCCUAGGUAGGUAAUAGGUUGAAGACAGGCGAGAGAAGGCAUCAUAGUUGUAUGAUUUGUUAUCAAUCGAGAA